UGUGUGUAUGUGAAUAUGUAUAUGUAAUUAUGACAUCAUAAAUAUAAUGCAUUAGUAGUAGAUAAUUAACCUUUACUUGCAUUGUGAUAUCAAUAAUUCAUUUUGUUAAAAAUGAAUUAUUGAUAUCAUUAAGUAGGGAUUAAACAGUAAAACGUCGCCUAAUAGACCUGUAUUUAUAUUGUUAGUGUUGUUCUCUUAUCCAUCAGACAUGCGGCUAAAAUAGUAGCUCGGGUAUACGUGGGCAGACAGCAACAUCACUUACAGUGAACUUGGCGAAACCAUCAUUAGCGACACCUGCGGCUGAUGCGUCAGAAACGUCAUCACGGAGUAUCACACCUUGUUCAGCGCCAUCUGGCGGCACAUCCGCCUCACAUGGGGAAGGUCGUGCAAAGAUCGGCGUCAUAAAACCAUUGUGUAUUAUCUAAAAUGCAUUUAUUGUCUUGGGUGACUAAAACGUUGUGAUUUACUGAGUGGGAUGAUUGUGGCCAGCGUUUGCUAGCAGUUGACAGGGGUUGUUAAACAGAUACCCCGCUUUUAUACAAAUACAGUAUUGAAUCUCGACAAAAGUGGGAUAUAGAUUUAGACACGAUCAGCAACUGCAGCGCCUAUUUCAUCAACAAUGGUGUAUGUGUCGGCAUCGACGUUGACGGUGUCCUGUGUUGUAACAACGAUUGUGUAUGCGACAUUGAUGACGUUCUGUGCAACUGAAGGUGUCCAAUUCCAAGGUCACUUGAAACCCCUGGGGAGUUAUCCCCCUUUGCACGACAUCCCAGUAAUGGAGGGUAUACCCACGCCGCAGUAUUUCUACGAGUGGUUUGUGAGACCAGGUCAACCUGUGUUAUUGAGGUCGGCGUUAAACAACCCUAGUUUCAAGUACCCGGCAUACAAACUCUGGAACGAUGACUAUCUCAGUCGGAGGUUUGGUGACCUUGUCGUCACAUUCGAGCACCACAAGAAGGAGACGCGGAAGGAGUCAGACGGUGCCAUGGGGUCCUUCCGCUCGUUCCUGAACAAGUACAACACGUCCGACGUGUACCUUGUGAUGAACGUGGCGCAGAUCAGCGGCAUGGCGGAGGACAUAUUCCUGCCGCCAUUUGUGACGUGUGGAGGAACGCAGGAACUGAUGACGUUAUACCACCUUUGGUUCAGCAGUGGCGGGACGAAGUCCGUGCUCCAUUCGGACUCCAUGGACAACAUCAACUGCCUCAUGGACGGCACCAAAGAUUUUAUUUUCAUUGACAAAAGAUAUAUGCCCCAAAUAGAAGCUUCCGGGUUCAACGCUGAACGAGGCUUUAGCACAGUGGACGUGGACCGAGUCGACCUUGACAAGUUUCCUGAGUUCAAAUCCAUUCCCUGGCUCAAGGCUCAGAUGACAAAAGGAGAUUGUCUCUUUAUACCGGCCAACUGGUAUCACCAGGUUUACUCACACCAAGGCCGGAAUCUGGCUUCUAACGUGUGGUUCCAACACCCUCUGUGGUUCAACACCACCGACUGUGAGAGGACCACCCAACUCCCCCUUAGUGAGGCGCCCCCCAUAACCCCACAGAACUUCCUCAGACUUAACCUGUUUUCGGAACUGGAAGGGAAGGACCGAAUCUACCAGGACAAUCUGCACUACAUGGCGAAAGACGUACAGUAUGCCAAGCAGGUGUACGACUACUUCAACACUGACGGCGACGACCAUGUCACCUGGGAGGAACUGUACCAGGCCGACGUGGACGACUUCACCACCAGGUUUAAGGACAUGUUAAGGGACAACGCCGAGACGAUCAUGAGCGGCUACCCCUACGACCUCAUCGACGGAGAGAACCAGGAUCAAAGCCAGGCCAAGGAAGAACUUUGACACCUGUACAUUUACAACAAUGAACAUGUACUCCUUGACUUAAGUUGUCUUACAGAUGGUAACUUUGAAAAGCCUGGUAUUAUAACGGGUUUCAUACCAGUGAAUAGCUGUUUCCUAAAGGUAUAUAUAUUGACAUGAUCAGGUUGUUAAAUUCACAGUCCUUGCGAUAACAGCUUUUGCUGUUUCUACAUGUCUUCACAUAUUUGUUAAAAAAACCAUGUAUGUUGAUUACUAUUGAUUUUGAUUAUUUAUAUGAGGCAUCACAAUCUACCCAGCAAAUGUUGACAGCCAAAGACAAGAUAUUGACCUUGACCUCAGGAAGAAAUGGUUACCACACUAUAUAAUAUAUGUUACAUUUAAAUAUGUGUGUGUGGAAUCCUGCAGGGAGUUUGGCAAUAUCAUAUUUUGUCAUUUCUUAAUGUAAGGGCUGGCUACCAUGGCUAUGUUUUAAAUAAUUUUCCACUGUCAUGUUUCUAGAGUUUGAAUAAAUUAUUUGGAGAAAUAAACUCAUGGAAGUAUCA